AUGAGUCUGUUUGGAACAACCUCGGGUUUUGGAUCUGGUGGGACCAGCAUGUUUGGCAGCACAACCACAGAUAAUCACAACCCUAUGAAGGAUAUUGAAGUAACAUCCUCUCCUGAUGAUAGCAUUGGUUGUCUAUCAUUUAGCCCCCCAACCUUGCCGGGGAACUUUCUUAUUGCAGGAUCGUGGGCUAAUGAUGUUCGAUGCUGGGAAGUUCAAGAUAGUGGACAGACUAUUCCAAAAGCCCAGCAGAUGCACACGGGGCCUGUGCUAGAUGUUUGCUGGAGCGAUGAUGGGAGCAAAGUAUUUACAGCCUCAUGUGAUAAAACUGCCAAAAUGUGGGACCUCAAUAGUAACCAGGCGAUACAGAUUGCACAGCACGAUGCUCCUGUCAAAACAAUACAUUGGAUCAAAGCACCAAACUACAGCUGUGUGAUGACCGGGAGCUGGGAUAAGACCUUGAAGUUUUGGGAUACACGAUCAUCAAAUCCUAUGAUGGUGUUACAGCUCCCUGAAAGGUGUUACUGUGCUGAUGUGAUAUAUCCUAUGGCUGUGGUGGCAACUGCAGAGAGGGGCCUGAUUGUGUAUCAGUUAGAGAAUCAGCCUUCUGAAUUUAGGAGGAUAGAGUCUCCACUGAAGCAUCAGCAUCGAUGUGUGGCUAUUUUUAAAGACAAACAGAACAAGCCGACAGGUUUUGCCCUGGGAAGCAUCGAGGGGAGAGUUGCUAUUCACUACAUCAACCCCCCAAAUCCUGCCAAGGAUAACUUCACCUUUAAAUGUCAUCGAUCUAAUGGGACCAACACUUCAGCUCCUCAGGACAUCUACGCGGUUAAUGGAAUUGCCUUCCAUCCUGUCCAUGGCACCCUUGCUACUGUGGGAUCUGAUGGUAGAUUCAGCUUUUGGGACAAAGAUGCCAGAACAAAACUAAAGACUUCGGAACAGUUAGAUCAGCCAAUAUCUGCCUGCUGCUUCAAUCACAAUGGAAACAUAUUUGCGUAUGCUUCCAGCUACGACUGGUCAAAGGGACAUGAAUUUUAUAAUCCCCAAAAGAAAAAUUACAUUUUCCUGCGUAAUGCAGCCGAAGAGCUAAAACCCAGGAAUAAGAAGUAG